AAAUCUCCUUCGGUCCUCCCAUGUUUUCUCCCUCCUGCGAGCAGCCACGCUUUGGCUUUCAUGAAUCACUCACACAUUUAUUAUUCGGCUUUACUAAAAUCACUCUCGUUUUUUUAAGUGGAUGAUACGAAUAAUAUAAUUUGAUAGGCGAAAAGAAAACUAAAAGUGGAUUUGUUGCCAAUAAGUCGACGUUAGCAACAAAGUAGCCGCUCGCGCGCAGUGGUGGAGUUCUCAAUUAUUGUAACUUUUAGUUUUUUUUCUCCAAAGAACGAGAGCUUCACGCUUUUAGACGCACGGUGCGUUGAAAAAUAACUAUUUACAGAAAAAUAUAAAAUUGCAAAUUUUAUAUUGUGGUUGGUUGCCUAUGACAGUGAUUAUCCGGGGGCAACGUCAAACGGCUUUAUAGCGUCAACCCACCCUGGAUGGAGCAAUCCGGUUAACUUUAUAGCAAUAGCAAAGCUCUGUUUUGUCGGCUAACUGUCAUCGUGCCCGGUUAGUGUGAGCUGGAUAUCCCGCCACGGCACUAUGGGCUGCGGGUUGAGGAAACUGGAAGACCCAGAGGACAGUAGCCCCGGGAAGAUAUACUCCACUCUGAAGAGACCGCAAGUGGAGACCAUAACAGACACCGUUUACGAGUAUGUGCUACUGGACUUCAGUUUGGAAGGUAGUCGCCCCACUGUGCAGUAUAUGUCCUCUCUGUGUGAGCUGCCACAGGCCCUGCAGCCCUACUACAUCCAGGGCUAUGUCCUCACCACCCUGCAUCCCAUUAUCCUCUCUGUUGGACGCACACGCUCCCUGCCCUUCAGCAUGCUCUACCGAGCCAUCCUCACCCGCCCACGACCCAGCAAGCAGGCGGUGUCCAUGUGUCACAGUGUUUCGGUGUUGAGGGUGGAGGAGUGGCCUAUCACAGGACAGUCUCUGACGGGUGACAAUGUUAGAGCACUGAUUGACAGGGUGAACAGUCGUGCCCAGGGGGGCGUGAGGUUUGUGGGCUCGGUGCUCCAGCCGGCUCGAGGAGGGGCCAGUAACGAUAGGAUGCCUAGCCCCAGGAGGGGCUGCCGAUCACUCCCACGCACUCCUCCAUGUACCCCUCCUGGUGAUGGACACACAGACCUGGAGGAGCACAGCCCUACCAACAGCCCUGACCUGAGGUUGCUGGUGUUUUUCCACUCGUGGGCACCAGGGUGUGCUCCUCUGGACGCUCUGGCCUGCCAGUACCACCAGGGGGCGCUGUCCAUGCGCGUGUCCAGGAAGGGUCAGAUGGUCAGCUCGCUGGAGGCCGAUUGGCUGGAGCUGACUGCAGCCUACUACCGCAAAGGCUGGUCAUUGGUGGACUCGUUUGUGUACUGGGACACACCCAAAGGUGAGCCUGUGCCCAGGUCACUAGAGGGGCUGUUUGUCUAUGAGGAGAGAAGCACUGCCCCUCCUGCCAAUGACACUAUCGUAGUGGAGCAAUGGAUCGUCAUCGAGGGUUCUGAUGUGAAGACAGAUUACGGGCCACUCCUUCACACACUGGCUGAGUUCGGCUGGCUGCUCACCUGUGUCCUGCCCACACAUAUCAUCCGCCAUGACAGUGAUGGUAACCUGGCAACCAAGCAUGUGGUGUUCCUACAGAGACCAAUCAAGACCUCUUCAAUACCACAGAGGAACCAUGCCGGGUCCAUUCAGAGCGACGUGUCCACUGGCUCUGUGAGUCGAGGUGUGGGCAGCCCCCUAACACCCCCCAAUGUGGAGUUAACCCCCACCGCUGGGGGUAUCGGGGGGUUCCCCGUCUUCGGAGGGGGAUACCCCAGCACCCUGUCCCACCUAGAGGGGGGCUUCGAGCAUGAUGACGGGGCGGCAGAGGUGACCUGCAUGUGACCCCUGAAAUGGACAUAUACACACCCCCCAUCUAUCCCUCUAAUCGCUUCCCUAACCAAGACUGGAAAAGCAAAACUUGGCACUUUUUUAAAAUUAUGAAGUGUUAUUUUUAUAAAUUUUGUUGGGAAAAGCAAGCUGUCGAGACACCUUUGUUCGUACCCUCACACAUAUGCACUUAACAGUCCAGAUUCACACAUCACAUCUCAUCGUUCACACAGCACCUUUUUCAUAUGAUGAGAAAGAACACACACACAUUCACACAACUGUGACCAGCAGAAAGCACAGGACAUCUCCACAAUGACCGGGGGAACCAGGAAGAAGCUUCCAUGCAGACACACACAGACCACUGGAUUGAACUCUGACCAACUACACACCUGGUUGUUGGGUGUCCCCACGUUUUGGGACCCCCUCCCCCAGAACUGCCAACACCUCUGUUCAAUACAACUUUAUCUCAUCCUGUGACGUGUAACAUCACACCUACUCUGGCACAUGGUGACACGGGCCAGAAGCACAGCUACAUUGGGUUGAAUACAUUGUAGUGCAGCUGACUAGGUAUUCCCUUUCCUGCUCCUCUCCCCGGUUGUCUCAAACACAUCCAGCUGGAAGGAAACGUACCAGGCGGACAAAUACAUGCUUGCUGUGUGUUGGUGCUACUGUCCAGGGCCUUGCAGCAUUCAGCAAUAUUAUUCAGACAUCUUCCUAUGAUAGUUGUCAAACUAGGGGUGUUUGAGUUCAGGCCUGGAGAAGAUUAUUUGUACAGUAAUUGCAUGGGUGAGUUUUAUUUCCACAUACCAGACUGCCAAGCCACAGGGUUGCCUGGGAAUGAAUUGAUAACAUACUGAACCUUCUCUAGAUGUGUACAUUAGGGCUAUACAUGUAUUGUCUGAUUGGUGCUUAAAUCUGUUCAGGAUGUCAUCAUUAGUGUGCAUUUUUAUUCAUUGGCAUCAGAUUCUAUUCCUGUACCUAUUGUCAUUUAGAAAUAGCUGGUAGUUAUAAUUUUAUGGUAUUGGUUAUCAGGCCUCAAUUGUUUUCAUUCUGCCCAGUGACGAUUCCUUUCCUCAGUUCUUCAGACAAAAGCCCUAUUGUGUUACUAAGGGAGAUGACGUGUUUAAUACUACUAUUAAAGUAUUUGUAUAAGAGAA